AUGAGGAACAAUGCAGGAGACAGAAGCAGGAACAAAGCCAACAGCAACCAGGAAGCAGUGAUCGCGGGCUGGCAUGACUGCCCAGAGAGCUGCUGUGAGCCCAGCUGCUGUGCCCCCAGCUGCUGCCAGCCCAGCUGCUGCCAGCCUAGUUGCUGUGCCCCAGCCCCAUGUCUGAGCUUUGUCUGCACCCCAGUGAGUUGUGUGUCCAGCCCCUGCUGCCAAUCUGUCUGCUGCACACCCUCAUGCUGCCAGCAGUCCAGUUGCCAGCCCUCAUGCUGCACCUCUUCACCCUGUUGUCCAUCCUGCUGCGUGCCUGUCUGCUGCACACCCCUCUGCUCUGGGUCCUCCUCAUGCUGCCAGCCGUCUAGCUGCCAGCCCUCAAACUGCCAGCCAUCCGGCUGCGUGCCUGUCUGCUGCACACCCCUCUGCUCUGGGUCCUCCUCUUGCUGCCAGCAGUCUAGCUGCCAGCCCUCAUGCUGCCAGCCAUCCUGCUGCGUGCCUGUCUGCUGCAAGCCAGUCUGCUGCAAGCCCUGCUCCAGCGUGUCCCUGCUCUGCCGGCCUGUGUGCAGACCCGCCUGCUGUGUGCCCACCUCCUCCUGCUGUGGCUCCUCCUGCCAGCCCAGCUGCUGCAAGCCCUGCUCUAGCAUGUCCCUGCUCUGCCGCCCUGCCUGCUCCAGCCAGGCCUGCUGUGGCCUCUCCUCAGGCCAGAAGUCCAGCUGCUGA